CAGUGGUCGUCGUCUACUCGGCGCAUCUCAAAAGGAGGGGUGAGCCCGUCUGCCUGGUCCUGGCUUCCUGACUUGCAUCAUUACUCUGUACAAGCUAUAAACAGCACCUGGUGCUUUGGCAAAAAAGAAAGCAAAAUGACGACCGAGCAACCCAUCUUUGUCUUUGUCCCAGGCGGAUGGCACACCCCCGACACUUUCGAUACCCUGCGCAACCUCAUGGCACAGCAGGGACUCGAGUCUGAAGCCAUCGCCACCCCGUCUGUCGGUGCGUCACCCCCUGUUACAGGCCUGCACACGGAUAUAAAUUACACCAAAGACAUCCUGCGCGGACUGGUCGAUAAAGGACGGCAGGUGGUGGUAGUUGGGCAUUCCUAUGGCGGAAUUGUCGGCGGGAGUGCAGUGGAGGGGCUUGGAUAUGCACAGCGAUCGAAGCAAGGCCUUUCCGGGGGCGUAAUCAUGGUCGUGUGGUUGACAGCAUUUGUGGCGCCCAAGGGGAAAUCGCUGCUCGAUCUUCUUGGGGGUAGUUGGCUGCCUUGGAUGCAGUUCAAAAAUGACGACGGCUACUGCUACAGCUUGCAGGAAGAGACUGUCUUUUAUAGUGACAUGACGCCAGAAGACCAGAAGAAGCAUAUUGCCUUGCUGAAGCGCCACCCGACGCUGUCCUUCACCGAGCCCGCGAUAUACGAGCCCUGGCAUGAUAUUCCCGCCAUGUACAUGUUCUGCGACCAGGACCAGGCCCUUUCACUCGCCGUGCAAGAAGGACUUGCGAGAACACUUGGUUCGCCAGUGACAUUCCACACCGAUGCAUCCCACUCGCCGUUCUUGAGCCAGCCUGCCCAGGUGAUUGACGGGCUGCGGGUGGCAGUGGAUUCUGGAAGGAAGCAGAGCGGCAUCACUGUGUAAACUCCAUUGGAGAGGCUUAUGGUGCUACCAGUGGUGAUGAGAGAAAGAUGCAUCAGAUGGGGGCUGAGGUGCAGAUCAGGAGAAGCAAUACCCAGUCUCACCAAUCAAUAUUUAAGGCACAGUACAGAAGUCUUGGGCGUAGCGAAGGAAAUAUAUAAAGUCGUCACCAAUGCAGGAUAUUUUUUGGAUUCUGUGUUGAUGGGCGAGCGAUAUGUACGCCAUCAAUAUCUUGUAUUACCUAAACUCCUAUAUUUCCAUUCUAAUAUGCUUCAUAUAAUCACAACGGGGGAGGUGCCUAUUCCUUACCCCUCCUGCUGACGGGAGGAAACAGAGAACCA